GGACUUGCUCGGCAUUCAAACAACCCUUUCUUGGCAGCAUCAGAUUUUGGAGCUGUACGGAGGUAGUCCCGCUAGAGAUUGGGAUCCAUACGGAUACCAUUGUGUAUACCGGAAGGAGUACGGAGUUUCAACACAGUGACAUCUUAAAGAUCUUGACAAAGCCUUUCGGAGUGGGGCAUCGACAAACAGCACAAUGAAGAUCCUCGAAUCACAAAACGCCCUUCUCUCCAACUAUGAGGUCUACCAGCACAUCAUCGAUCAGAGGAAGAAAAGCAAGGCCCAGGACGGCAGGCGGCUGCCGGGCAAUGCGCACCACAUCAUGAAGGAGGUACUCGCCUAUUUACGGCAGAAACCCAGCCCUUUGGAGAAGCAGGAAGAAACACAAGCCUACAGCCCAGAGGUCAUACCUCGACUGUUGGAAAAGAUCCGCGAGGCCAACCUGCCAAGCGACCUGACCAAGGGCGAGGUGCUCUCCAUCCUGAACCUGCGACCGACAUCUGUUGCAGUCCUGAGCACCGCUAUCGAGGACAUGGAAGAGCGCUUCAGCGAGGAGGAGCAGAACAGGGUUGUCGACAUCAUUGUCGAGGUGCUCGGCCGCGACGACCCCGAGCAUGAAGCUGAGCAGGGUGAAGGGGAAGAGGUUGAGGACGAGGCGAUGCCCUCAGUCGAGAAUGGCUACUGAGCCAGGCGUGCUCUGGUCAUGCACGCUCUGCCUAAAAGAAAAAAGCUGCUGAGAGGCCUACAUGACGGCACAUCCGCCCUCGCUCUGCCCUCCAUCCGGCGUGGUGGUUUUUAGGG